GUUGAAACGUUAGAAGGAUGAGCGAGACACAGUGACAGAUGAGAGAAAGAGAGAGAGCGCGCGAGACAUGAGGAAAAAGGGAGAAGAAGUGACGAUGCAAAGUAACAACGCUCACACACGGUCACUGUACGCGGCUGUUUAAGCAUGUCCACAGAUGACAGCAUCUCUGAGGACGUGUCCAGUUCUGUGGCCCUGAGCCACGAUCACAUCAGUGCCGAUGGAGGGAAGGAGAGCGAGGUGUCCAUCGUCUCCUCUGAGGACACUGUGUCUGGACUCCCCGAAGAGGAGCGGUGCGCCUCCCACCCCGUCCAGACCCUGGAGAGCUUCCUACAGGUGACAGAAGGGGCUACACCAGCAUGCAACAUUUCGAACAAAAUAAGGAAUCUAUGUCUUCGUACCGAGGAGGAGUUCGGCUCAGGGAAAACUUUGCCUUUCAUCAACCCCAGCUCUAUAGAGACCCUGAGAGCCCUGGUGCAAGAGAUCCAGAGCAGUGGAGAGACAGACCCUGAGAUCUGGAAGGACUGUGAGGGCCGGUGGCUGCAUCUCUUUCAGUUGGUGGAAAAGCAAUAUCAAGGACAGAUUCUUGCUCAACAGGAACAGUACCAGUGCCAAAUACAGCUCAUACAGGAUGAAAUUAAGGCACUAGUGCAGUUACAGAACCGGCAAAUCAGCUCACAGAUGCGCUCGCCGGACCUGCAAUCUGGAAAACACCCCAAGCUUCCAGAACACCCGGCGAAUGAAAGCUCUUUCCCACCCUCGACCCCGGCACAGCAGCUCACCGGCCACCCUCAUGAGAACUCUGAGGAGGGGAUGGUCACCGUGCUGAGCAGCGGAUACGGGACUUUAUCCAACUGGGAAUACGGAUUGUACCCGGGCCGGGCAGGUUCAGCAGACGGGAGGGAUGACGUGCUGUGGUCUCCAAAUAGAUUUACACAGUCUCCUAUACCUGACACAAGCCCGCUGAGCCCAAACCCGCUGAUCAGAACCAUCACAGACAAUGACAAGCUCCAGACGACCGCAGCUAGUGCGUCUAAUACAAUGAAUGAUAGACAGACAGUAAAAAGCCAACCCCUGACCUCGUGGGCCCAACGGCAGAAACAUAAACAGAGAAAGAACAUAAGGACACAGAGCAGGACGUCACAUGCGGAGGAGAGAGACGGAAGCUCUCCGGGAGCCGGAUCUACUAAAGAGAACGCUGAUGCUUUACAAAAUCGUGGAUGCAGUUCAGCCUCCUUGAAUUCUUUGCAUCUGAAGAGAAGUGACAGUUUGAUGUCUGAAGCGUCAGGCCUCUCCUACUGGAAGCUGGAUGGGAAUGAGUUGUAUCGCCCCCUGCCUGACAACUUUGAAAGUGAUUCUUUUAUUCUACAUCAGACUCCAGAUGACAGUCAACUCUCUGUAUCUCUGCGUGAGAUCUAUCACAGCAAACACAGAGCAGAUCCCAAAGGUCACGAGUGGGACUCCUUAAUCAACUCCUCAAACGCCUCCCCUCAGGUGUUGACUCUGGACUCCACGGUGCACGUGAAACACUCAGAUCGCACGUCAGGCUUCACGUCUCCAUCUCACUUCAGCAGUCCGUCUGCACAGAUCGCGGCCUGUCCUGGCCGCAGGGGAGCUCCUGUCAGUCCGGAGUCCGCAGCCCUGCGCAGCCACAGCGACACCGACUGCAUCUCCAACGAAAGCAGCUUUUCCCCGCUGCUGCCGGCCGACCCCAGAGCCAAUGAGGCUUACAGCGAGGAUGAGGGCAGUCACACCGCCACAGUCACAGUACAGCACAGAGGACCGCCCGGUCAAGAGAUGUGCAGACCUGGAUCAACCGACAGGAGGCUGGAGAGAACCAUCUCACUGGAAGAUCCUGUGGUCCUCUCGCGGUUGAGACAAAACCUUCGAGAGAAACACUCUCGGCACAUAGCCGAUCUAAGAGCGUACUACGAGGCAGAGAUAAGUGCCCUGAAAGAAAAACUGGACCUGGAGAAUUUACCUCUGGACAUGGAGAAAAGCAACCAGAUGUUACAUAAUAGAUGUCAGCACCUGGAAAGAGCGCUAACAGAAGCAAGCACACGCAUUCGAGAACUGGAGAUCAAAAACCAGCUCCUGGAAAGACAGCUGGCGGAGUGGCCGGAGCGGUACGAUGCUGCCGGUGCUGCGGUCCGGUCCCUGCAGCAGAGGUUAGAGGAAACCAAACACAGCAGCCGCGAGAAGGACGGCAUAGUGACCAAACUGAAGAACCGCCUGCGACAGCUGGAAGACGCCGUCCAGAACGCCUGUAAAGAGGUGGAUGAGACGGAGGCACGUCUAAUGAAAGAACACAAGAUGCUGGAGGAUCUACUACACGAGUACGACGCCUUGAGAAGAGAUCACGAGGGAACAAAGGACAAGUUGACUUCAACCGAAAACAAGCUGAUUGAUGCCAAUGAACAAAUAUGUGACCUGAAAAGGACCAUCUCUAAACUGGAAUCUCAAGUGCGUCAGUUACAACACGAGACUCUGGUGAAAACCCGUCAGUCUCUCCACGGACACUCUCAGCCGUCCGGAGCAGGAUUGUUCCAUCACCCCGAUCUUCUGCUGUCUCCGAGCAGAAGACCUCGAGAUGAAUGUAGCGUGAGGAACGGUGCUGCUCAGACCUCUGGAACAUCAUUAGACCAAACAGCCAGAGGACGUCUGUCUCCUCCAGAGAGUGAGCAGCCUCUGACGCCCAUGAUGAAAGCUCUCAUUCAGAUGGAGGACACCAAAACAACGGAGGGUCGAGUUCUUUCCAAGACCAACUGCUCGUCUUCCAGGUCGGUUAGAAGGAGACCCACAGUGGCUUUCGUGGAAGCGGCACAGGACAGGACUGGAGGCAUGCUGAGAGCUCAGAGGAGUUUAUCUCCAGAGGGUCACAGGUCUUCUUCACUGCCCCCCAGAGCACAGAGAGGUGUUCCUCUCUCUACACCCACAAAGAGAGACACGUUACUCACGCCUCUGUCAGACAAAUCCAGUCCUAAACGCUCCCCGAAAGAGAACUUCUCCACCGUGUUGGGUCACCCUCUUCCUUCCCAAGAGCAUCUGCAGAGCAGUUUUGAUUUAGUUUCUGAUCUAAACGGCAUCGGUUCGUCUCAACCGUCUUAUCCGAGCCCAAGGAAGAGGUUACUGUUUACAGAAGUGAAGCCUCGGUCGAGUGUUUGCUCAUCUGAGCCUGCGGAGAGCAGCGAGUCUGAUGAUCGGACACACAGACACAGCUGGCAGGAACAGGAAGCUGGAGCCACUUCACUGCGGACACAAGGCGACGACCCGCUCCUCUCCUGUCAGCCUCGCAUUCGGUCAUUGGCUGACGCAGAACGUCUAUUUGAUGAGCUCACACAGGAAAAGCAGCAGAUUGAAUCGGCCCUAAGCAGGAUUCCAGGGAGUGGGGCUCGAGUCACGUUGCAGAGCCGGUUGGAUGAGGUGUCAUUGGAGAAUCGCCUGGAGAAAGUGAACCGCGACCUCGGGUUCAUUCGCAUGACAUUGAAACGAUUUAACAUCCUGAGGUCAUCUGUCAAAAUCUAGCUCAAAGCCACCGUGAACCGUCAUGAUAUGUGACGGUGGAUUACGACAUCCCGGACCGUAUGAAUUAAUAUUACGAUUAUUAAAGAAGACUCCGAUGUACAUGUUCAGUAAAUAUUUCUACUUUUGCUACCGUAGGAUCUAUUUUAUGUUUUAUUACACGAUGAACGUACUAUAAAGUAUAUUUUAAUAUCCAGAUUUGUAAAAACCUUUACUUUUUUAAUGUGUCAGUAAUAUGGAAGUUGUCUGCUUGAAUGGUGUAUAUAUUUUUAUUUUCCAUUCGCAGUCUGUUUUAUUCAUGUUGCAUAAAUACGUUCCACACUCAUACAUUCUUGAUUCUAAAGAUUUUACAGUGUGCUUUUGUAACAGGUUUUCUUCUUUUGCCUUCACUGUGUGUGUCCUAUGAACAUUAUAAUGCCUGUGCCAUACUCCAGCAGAGAAUGAUCAUGUCUGUAUACAAUGACAAAAUGGCCUUGUUAAAAUCAUCUUCUGCACAGAAAAGAAACUCAAACCAGCACUGUUUUUUACAAACGUUUUCAUAGGAAGGCCUCAGACAUGUUGAAACGCAACAAACACAGGAUGUGCUGCUAAAUUUGAUGCAUGAAAUCUAAAAUUGCUCUUCUCUGCUUUUUCAUUUUAAGCUGUUGGCAGUUCUUGUUUCUGUGUAGCUCAUGGAAGUGAUUUACUGUUACACUCAAAUGUUUCACAAUUAAAACCGCAUAAUGAAUUGUGUCCUUGA